AAAACUAAGUGAGGAGAUGGUGAGUGAAGGAGCAGCUUUUAUACAAAUUGUAUCCCAUAAUAUCCACACCAGUCUUCAGGCAGUCUGACUAUCCUGUGGGUAAUCAGGGGUGGAAAUGUCCCUUAUGCUGUGUGAGAAGAUCCAGCUGAGAGAGCUGUUUACUCAGUGCUUUGUGCUGAACUGUUUGACUGGAGCUGUAUGUUGGAUAUUGAGUGUGUUUAUUGAAAACAUUUCCCUCCUGAUUUCCAGCCUGAGUUUUGUUGAUGAAUCAUUCCUGAAUAUGAGAAGAGAAGUUGUGCUGUAGUAUAUCAGAGAGGAUAGACACUGCAGAUAGAUCCUGACCAUCACCCAAGGAACAACUGUACAACUGUGCAAAGACAUCCAAUCCCUUUGCAACAUUGCUCAAUGCAGAGAAGGUUGGGCAGUGAAACCUUCGUCAGGAAAUUGGUUGGGUCAAAGGAGCUUUGACACAUCAUCAGAUCUGAAACGGGUCAGUAGUGUGGAGCCUUCCAUCAGAACCAAUCUUUCUGAAGGUUCAGCUGUGGGUGAUCGGUCAGGGUGAGGCUGGGAAGAAGUGUGAGUGGCUGCAAGUGUGGUGAGAGCUUCAGUCAUUCAUCGUGCCUCAUGAACCACUGACUCAUUCCUGAAUGUUCAAUUGUGAGGAGUGAAAGCAAGCUUCGCAGGUUCAAUAAGUUACUCUGAGACACAAGGAGCAUCUGCUGUACAACUGUUAAUGAAGGAUCAGUUUCAUGGAAGAGAAACAAUUUAAGUGUGAGUUAUGUGACCAAAUUUUUGCAAAAUCAUCGACACUUGUGAAUCACCGACGCAUUCAUACUGGGGAGAAGCCGUUCAAAUGUGAAGAGUGUAACAAGAACUUUUCACAAUUAUCAGGCCUUGUGAAUCACCAGCCUAUUCAUACUGGGAAGAAGCCAUUCAUAUGCAAGGUGUGUGACAAAUCAUUCUCACAGUCAUCAAAAUUCCUCAUACAUGAACGUAUUCACACAAGGGAGAAACCAUUCACUUGCAAGAUAUGUAACAAAUCAUUCUCAGAUUCAUCAGCCUUUCAAAGACAUCAACGCAUUCACACAGGGGAGAGACCAUUCACCUGUGAGGUGUGUGACAAAUCAUUCUCAGUCUCAUCAACCCUCCGUAAACACCAACGUAUUCAUACAGGGGAGAGACCGUUUACAUGUGAGGUAUGUAACAAAUCGUUCUCACAGUUAGGAGCCCUCCACACACAUCAACGAAUUCACACAGGUGAGAAACCGUUUACAUGUGAAGUGUGUGACAAAUCAUUCUCACGUUCAGGGAACCUCCGAACUCAUCAACGCAUCCACACUGGUGAGAAACUGUUUAAGUGUGAUGUGUGUGACAAAUCGUUCUCAUCAUCAAUGAAGCUCCAUGUACAUCUAAGUAAUCACACAGGAGAGAAACCGUUCGCAUGCAAGGUAUGUGGUAAAUCAUUCUCACACUCAUCAAUCCUCUGUACACAUGAACGCAUUCACACAGGCGAGAAACCAUUCAGAUGCAAUGGAUGUCUCAAAUCAUUUUUAGAUUCAUCAACCCUCCGCAGACACCAACGCAUUCACACAGGUGAGAAACCAUUCAUGUGUGAGGUAUGUGACAAAUCGUUCUCGCAGUCAUCGAGCCUCUGUGCACACCAACGCAUUCACACAGGGAUGAAACCAUUCAAUUGCAAAGCCUGUGACAAAUCAUUCUCAGUCUCAUCAAGCCUCCGCAGGCAUGAACGCAUUCACACAGGGGAGAAACUGUUCAGAUGUGAGGUGUGUGAGAAGUCAUUCUCAUACUCAGAUAGCCUCCGUAGACACCAAUGCAUCCACACAGGCGAGAAGCCCUUCAGGUGUGAAAUGUGCAGCAAAUCAUUCUCAAGGUCAUGGAACCUCCUGCUCCAUCAAAGGACCCACACAGGGGAGUAACCUUUCAAUGAUGAGGUUUGUAAUGAACAUUUUGUGAUAUCUUCAAUCAUCUGGGAUACGAAAGGAUUCACAGGGAAGAAUCUCUCUUCAGUUGCAAUGUUUGUGACAAUGCUUUAACAGUCAGCAUAACAUUGGUCAAUAUACUCACAUAAAGGAUAAACCCUAUCAGUGAGGUUUCUUUCAUAAGGUCUUCACGCAAUUAUCGGACCCCCUGAUAUAUCAGUGGAACCCACAGAGGGCCUACCUGGCCAAGUUAUUGUCCAAUCCACCCUCAGAUUGUGUAACAGUGUACACAGUCUCAGUGCAGGGUGUUCAGUGGGACUGAGACACAGAACAAGAAGCAGCUUUCACUCCCAUCAAACACCUAGUGAUGACAUCACCAGUGCUGAGGGAUUAUGAUGUCAACAAUGGAGCCACCCUGCAGUGUGAUGUCAGUGACACAGGAUUUGGAGUAAUCCCCAUGCAGUGAGGGCAACCCAUUGGGUUUGUAUCCAGAGAGUUAACACAUACUGGACAGUACUGUCUACACAUUAACAGAGCCUGGUUGUUGCCUUUCAUUGUGUAUUUUUCAGCUCGUAGCUGUUCAAGAGAGAGAGAAAAUGAUAGUAAGGUCUGACCACAAGCCAAUUCAAAGCAUCUUUCUCAAACCACUUGCAUUUCCUUGAAAGCAAAAACAGGAUUUGCAGAACGAAACUCAGGAGGUUUGAUUGCAUUUCUGGAGAAAAAGCAGAAUAACAUUUUGAGUGUAGAGAUCCUUCUUCAAAACCCUAAAGCAUUAGGAAAGGAUGUUUGGGAGAGAGAGAGAGGAUGUUUCUUUGUUUGCAGAAAUAUCACUAAGAAGUGAAGUACAGCAAGGGAAGCAGAUGUAGAACAAUGACAUGCUGCUGAGAGCUGCACUCUCUCUGAAGGACUUUCUCUGAAGAAAGUUGUUGGUGUUCAUACAAAGUAUGAAGUAUUACAGACAGACUGACUCCAUAGGAAUUACCUGAGAAGACAGGAGCUUCCGAAAAGAGGCUCAGACUCCAAAAUAGCAUGCAAGAUUUUGGACAGGUCUGAUAUUCUUACCUGGAUAGUUACACAGGAAUUGUCAGACAGAAAAAAAACUCCUGGGUACACGUAUACCUGACGACCGAAAUAACUCAAUCUCCACAACGCUAUGAGUAUCCCCACAUCACGCCGAUUCUCCCUGACCCAAUCUGACUCAGUGACCAAUCCAAACUGACCAGACCCCACCUCAUGACUGGACUAUUCCUUCAAAAAGACAUGACUCGCACCCAACCUUAGGGAAAACUCACAACCUGAUUAGCCCCAAACUCUAUAAAAUUUCAUAACCCAAAGUGCCCCUCAACCAAACCUGUUUAACCCUGCAACCCCGUAAAAUCUGGCAACCUGGCUGUCCCUCUAACAAAUCAACUUAGCCUGACUGAUUACCUUGUAACCCGAUAAAAUCUCACAGCCCCACUAUGUUCCUGACCCAAACUAACCGGUCUAGCCCUGAAACCUAUAAAAUACCUAUAAAUAUAACUAGCCCCCAGCCUGACCUUAGUAACAAAUAGUCCAAUAAAAUCUCGCAACCAGACUACCUUGCAAACCUGUAGAAUCUCAUAACCUAACUAUCCAAGAGUACCCAAGUAUUCACCCACUUCAUACAGCUGCCACCUUACCACUUAGCUUCUUAAGCCUGGCCACGUACCUCAUCACUCUGCCUCUUUAUCUACCCUGUCACCUGACCCACUUAACUCAUACAUCCACUUACCCAUUCACUAACAUCCACACUGGACAGUCUUUAGGAAAUACAAAUUUAACUCAAGGACUAUGAGGAACUGGUUCAUGGAAUUAUUUGGACUUCUAGAUUGAAAGAGUUUUGAAGGGACAUGUAAUUUCUGGGAAUUGUGUCCAACAGUAAUGACAAAACAUCAAAAGAUGAUGUUAGUAUCCUGGUGUUUUGGUUGGAAGUCAAAUGACUGUGUGGGAAAGUCAAGCCAAAGCUUUUAGGAGAGAUAAAAGAUGCGUUUAUGGCUUUAAUUGCUUGAUAGACUUGGCCUGGAAAAUGUGGAAGGUCCUGUGCUGAAGGUUGUCUAGCAACAGCAUCUGAACUACAGAUGUGUUUUCCAGUAAACAUGAGCUGCAUCAGUUAAUGGCAGAACAUAAUGCUUUUUUACAGAAAAAAAUCUCUCUCGCUCCUGGAAAAGAAACAUCCUGGAACUUAACAAGAUGCACAUACCCAUUUUGGUAAAGUAGAGCUGGGAACCUCAGAAAGUUCCAGAAAUCAGUACCUUUAACAUCCUCUUAAAUUGUGAAAGCUGAACUGUUACUUGCAGUCAAAGACCUAAGUCUGAGACUUACCAGCUGAACUGAAGAUCUACAACUGUCAGCAGUGUUAUCCUGAUGACAGGAAAUUGAUGAGGCUGUGAAGAAUCUUCCCUUUUGUUAUCUGUUGAACUCAGACCCUUGACCCCAGUGGGCUCUUUGUUACUAUUUCUUUUUUUUUAAAUCCAGGGUUUAAAGGGGUAUGGGCCAAAUGCAGAGUUGUAAGAGUCUUGUAUAAUCACAUUUGGGAUGAAGGGAUUUGUCACUUAGUUAUAUAUAGCAGCUUAGUUGUUAACCAGUUUUGCCAUUUAUUGCAAAAAUAGCCGUUAUGAAUUCACAUCUUCCCGUACUUGCCUCCAUGCUGUAUUAGAUCCCUCUACGCAAUUAGUUUAAACCUCUACCUGCUGCAGUAGUAAGCCUCCUCACAUAGUUGUUUCAAUUCUGGUUCAGGUGCAACCUGUCAGACUUGUCCAGGUCCUGCUUUCCCCAGAAAUGAAGCCAGUCGUCCAGAAAUCUCAAGGCUACAUCUACACCAAAUCAUCAGCCAUGCAUUCAUCUAUUCCAUCUGCCGAUUGCUGUAGUCAGUAGCAUGUUGUACAGGGACUAAUCCAGAGACCUUGAAAUCCAGCUUUCUAUUCUGUUCCAUAGCUCCCCAUAUUCUUGUCACAAGAUUUCUAUUCUCUUUCUACCUAUAUCAUUGGUAUGAAUGUGAAGUGUUUCUCAAGCUGUUUCCCCCAUCAGAAUGCUGUGUAGCCAUUCAGUCUCCAAAACUCACACUUCCUCAAGCAGUGAUUCCCAACAUUUUCAGUGAAACUGCACACUUCAGUGAGACAAACGAUUCCAUAGGGCACCCUUUUUAGCUGAAUUGGUAUUUUGUCUGCAAAUGGCCCUUUAACUUACUUGGCCCCAUCACAGUUUGCCAACCUGUCUCUGAAGGUGAAAUGUUCAGGUAAGAGAUAAGCAGUAUCAUCCAUCCAUGAAAUUCCAAAGGCCAGUGGCUUCCAUUAUACUCUGACAGAUCUUUUCUUCCUUGAAUUCAGAUGUUUCAUCAACCAAUGAAUUAGUGGAGAAUUCACCAUGUCAAGGAAAUCAUAAACCAGUUGAUGUGAAAUGUGUCUCAGAAAGUCCUAUUUAUUAUCUUCAGCUCUGUCCAGCAGAACAACCCCCGAUCAAAUGCAACCCCUACUAGCUGUUGCCAUCCUCCUGUCACUAUCUCAUCACACUUGUCAACCGACCUGAUCAAACAGGGCCUUGAGCAACCUCACACAGUUUUCAUUCAGUGAUCGACUCGGAUCAGCAUCAGACUUAGCUUUGAAACCUCUCCACUGUGAUUCAGUAUGCGAAUCAUUGGGCAGAGAAAAACUCAUCCUACUGGUGAGUGAUACAAGUCGGCCAGUGAAUAUCUGUGGGAACAAUGUUGUCAUCAUGUCUGCCAUCCUGGCCUGAGUGAGAACUUCACAGAGGCCGCGGAUGGCAGUCAGAGAGAUUAUAGUACUCACUACACAGGCUGCAUCCUCAGCAGCUACCCUCCACACAACCUGGAUGAACUUGUCCCCAAGGGGCAGGGACAACAGAGCAGUAGUUGGGACAUAGCUGCUGUCACGUUCUGUGAGGUCAAAGCGGUUAUCCCUCAUAAAACCUGCUGUUUCACCUCCUGGUGAGGGAUUAACUCCAAAUGAAGCCCCAGCCCAUGAAGGAUAUUUGAGACCGGGCCCUGAAGUUGCCGUUUCUGUUGUAUGAUUUAGGGUGAAAUCAGUCCUCCAAGCUGUGUCCCCAGAAGAUUCCCCAGCACUUUCCUGCUGACAUCAAACUUCUUUGAAUAAACCACUAGCAACUCAGAGAUUGUGUUUAUUGCUGUCUCCCGCUUACUGGCUUCCAUUGACAAGAUUUCCUCUUCAAUUUUAUGGAUGGUUUGAGACUUAUCUUCCAUCUCAGCAAUGAUCUUCUCUACUGCAACAGAAAUGAAUUAUAGACUUUAUUGUUCAAUCUGCUGUUGUAAAUUGUCUAACUCUGCUGAAUGAUUCAACUCUGUCUGCUAUCUCUGCCUGGAGUCAGGAAGGUAUGGAUUGAAUUUUCCUGUGUACUUGGUAUCCUGUCCUCUCUGAGCAUCAAGCUGUGAAUUUAAAUCCAUCAAUCUAGUUGCUAUUGUGGGAAAUUUGAGGGAAAUGUGUACAGCUGCAGUUGUGACUCUCUCACUUUGUCAUUAUUGAGAAGUUUAUCCAGUUGUUACUUUGAGCAAUAACAUGUUUGAUUCUUUCUAUAUUAUUACGUUACUAUUCAUUAUAACUGGGAUCAAGUAAACCUCUUGAACAGUAUCAGGGGAGUAGGGGCAUUCUUAAGAGGGGAAUCAAGAGGGCAAAAAUGGGAAUAUAAGAUAACCUUGAUAGGUAAAGUUAGGGAUAAUCCAAAGACUUUCAAAGACCAAAAUAGCAACUAGGGAGAGAAUAGGGCUUCUUAAAGAUCAGUGUUCUGACCAAUGAGGGCAAGCGUGCCAAAUGCCUUCUUCACCACAGUGUCUAACUGUGACUCCACUUUCAAGGAACUAUGCUGCUGCACUCAUAGGUUUCUUUGCUCGACCACACUUCCUAGGGCUGUACCUUUAACUGUAUAAGUUGAGCCCUGAUUUGCCUUACCAAAAUACAAUCUAAUUUAUCUAAAUUAAAAUCCAUCUGCUACUCCUCAGCCCCAUUGGCCCAUCAGAUCAAGAUCCCAUUGUACUCUGAAAUAGUUAGAUUAGAUUAGAUUCCCUACAGUGUGGAAACAGGCCCUUCAGCCCAACAAGUCCACACCUCCCCUUGGAGCAUCCCACCCAGACCCAUGUCCCUAUAACUCACACCCCCCUUAACACUACAGGCAAUCUAGCAUGACCGAUCCACCUAACCUGCACAUCUUUGGACUGUGGGAGGAAACCGGAGCACCCGGAGGAAGCCCACGCAGACACGGGGAGAAUGUGCAAACUGCACACAGACAGUCGCCCAGAAUCGAACCCGGGUCCCUGGUGCUGUGAGGCUGCAGUGCUAACCACUAAGCCACCAUGCUGCCCCUUUUUUACAUUUCCCAUCAACUACCACCCUCUGUCUUCUUUCAGCAAGCCAAUUUCCGAUCCAAUAAUCUUCUACACUGUCCACUACACCACUUAUUUUGGUAUCAACUGCAAACUUACUAACCAUACUCCAUGUAUUCACAUUUCAUUUAUAAAAUAAUUUAUAAAAUAGGUGAAAAAGCAGUGGAUCCAGCACCAAACCAUGUGGCACACUGUUGGUUACAGGCCUCCAGUCCAAAAAGCAACCCUGUACCAACAUGCUCUGUCUCCCACCUUCAAGCCACUUUUGUGCCUAAAUGGCUUGCUCCCCCAGAUCUUCUGUGAUCUAAACUUACGAGCCAGUCUACCAUGCAGAAUCUUGUCAAAUGUUUUGCGUAAGUCCACAUAGACAAAGUCUACCACUCUGCCUUCAUCAAGCAUCUUUGUCAUGUCAAAAAAAUCGUUAGUGAGACUUCGCAUGCACAAAGCUAUGCUGACUUUCCAAAUGCAUGUAAAUCCUGUCCUUUAGAAUUCCCUUCAACAACUUACCCAGCAAUGAUAUAAGGCUCACCAGACCAGAGUCCCCUGGCCUUUCUGUACAGCCUUUCUUAAAUAAUGGCACCACAUUGGCCAACUUCCAGUCUUCUGGCACCUCACCCGGGGCUGUUGAUAACAUAAAUAUCUCAGCAAGGAGCCCAGCAAUCUCUUCGCAUUUCCCUUAUGAUUUACAGGCUGAGUUUUGUGAGGUAUGUAAAAUGGGUUUACAUUGUUGUCAGGAUUGUUGGAUCAGUAAUGCAAUCACAUGGGAAAUACCAUUCACAUGCAAGGUGUGUGACAAACCAUUCUCGCAAUCAUCAACUCUCCUCAAGCACUACUGUGUUCAAAGUGGGGAGAAACCAUUCUUGUGUGAGGUUUGCAACAAGUCAUUUGCAUGUUCAGACAGCCUCCACAGACACUAACCAAUCCACAAAGGGGAGAAACCAUUCAAAUGUGAAAUAUAUGGGAGAUAAUGGGAACUGCAGAUGCUGGAGAAUCCAAGAUAAUAAAAUG